AUGACGUCCAUUCAGCCCAUCGAGCCUACAAACCCAGUGGUCUUCUUCGACCUGGCGCUCGGCAGCGAGCCCCUUGGUCGGGUCAAAAUGGAGCUGUUUGCUCAUGUCACUCCGAAGACUGCAGAGAAUUUUCGUCAAUUCUGCACCGGAGAGAGCAAAAACCCCAAGGGCCAGCCUCAGGGUUACAAGGGUAGCAAGUUCCAUCGAGUGAUCAAGGACUUUAUGAUCCAGGGAGGAGACUUUGUGAAUGGUGACGGCACAGGCAGCUGCACCAUUUACGGCACGACAAAAUUCGCCGAUGAGAACUUUGCACUCUCACACGACCGUCCCGGACUUUUGAGUAUGGCGAACUCUGGACCUAAUACCAACGGCUGUCAAUUCUUCAUUACGACCGUGGCGACACCAUUCUUGAACAACAAGCAUGUCGUGUUCGGUCAGGUCAUUGACGGGAUGGACAUCGUCAAGAUGGUUGAACAAACUCGGACUACCCGAGACAAGCCGAACCAGGAUGUGACCAUUGUGCAGUGUGGAGAGAUGUAG